AUGCGGGUAGUCCGUAGCAGCAGGGGUAAACACAGGCAGAACGAGUUCGGGAGAGCGGACAGAACUCGAAUCAAGUAUAUCUCCGCUGAAGCUCAGGCAGAAGACGUGCUCUCUCUCUCUAAGUCCUUUGAUCUCAGUUUCUCCCAUCCUGGUGUAAGGGACUACUCUCAGCUGACCCUUGACCUCACCAGGAAUGAACUUAUAGUGGGAGCAAGACCUUUGGGUGUUGGAGAGUGCUGGCUUAUGAUGGCUACUGAUAUUGAAAUGAAUGGAGCUAUCCUGCAUCUUUCUGCCAGGAGUGUAAUGGGGCUGACAGAAAGCCAGCUCAUCUCAGAAAUGUAUGUCUUGGUGCCAAACAUGCAGCCGUUGGCAGGGGAGAGCAACAGCUCAGACGAGCCUUUUCAACUUUACCCAGGCUCGGAUGGGGAUCCCAAACCUGUCUAUCCUGAGAUCCUGCAUGCUGUCUGUGCACACUGUGCUGCUGCUGCUGGUUCCCAAGAUCUGAACGGAUACAUGAGGCGGCAGGAUUCCGCUGCUUCCGCCUCGCAGGGGACCAGCCGUCUCAUGGGAUCAGAAACAUCUGAUGAUGUUGGCGUCACUAUGUUGGCACAAUGGGGGAGCUCAAGAUUCAAACCUCCCACCAGUGAAAAGCUCUCCCAUCACCAUCCACCCCAGCCUGGUGGAUUCUGGCCCCCCAUCGGUGGCAGGGUUUCCAACUUCACAUUCAAUCCCUCGCCAAACAUGGCAUACAGUGUGCUUUUCACAGCCUGCCUCUUCAGAAUGCUCUUUGGGAAUAGCAUUGGAGCACUGGCAUUGUUCCAGUGUGGUGUGAAGAGAGGGACUGCCGUGGCUAAGGCAACGGAAUGGGGCCCAGACGAAGACACCAGGAGGUCCUGUCAAAGCAAAGGGAAGACGGAGGUGGAGUGUCAAAACUACAUCCGGGUGUUGCUUGUCAACAAGACAGAGGUGAUCACCUGCGGUACCAAUGCCUUCCAGCCCCUUUGUAUCACCAGAGAGGCAGGGAACAUGAGCAGAGUGUUGGAGAGGGUGAACGGAGUGGCCCGCUGCCCCUAUGACCCCCGUCAUAAUUCGACGGCUGUAGUGACCGAAAGCGGAGAGCUGUAUGCUGCCACGGUCAUCGAUUUCUCCGGCCGGGACCCUGUUAUCUACCGCAGCCUAGGAGGAAUGCCGCCUCUGCGGACCGCCCAGUAUAACUCCAAAUGGCUUAAUGAGCCUCACUUCAUCUCGGCUUACGACGUGGGUCUUUUCACCUUCUUCUUCUUGAGGGAAAACGCAGUGGAACACGACUGCGGUAAGACGGUGUACUCUCGGGUGGCACGGGUGUGUAAGAACGACAUAGGAGGCCGCUUCUUGCUGGAAGACACGUGGACCACCUUCACAAAGGCCCGACUCAACUGCUCACGGUCGGGAGAGAUCCCAUUCUACUACAAUGAGCUACAGAGCACCUUCUAUCUGCCAGAACAGGAUCUCAUCUAUGGCAUCUUCACAACCAACGUGAACAGCAUUGCUGCCUCUGCAGUUUGUGCAUACAACCUCAGCGCAAUCACGCAGGCUUUCAACGGGCCUUUCCGCUCCCAGGAGAACCCACGCUCCACGUGGCUGCCCACCCCAAACCCCAUCCCUAACUUCCAGUGUGGGACCAUAGAGGAAGAAGGGCCUAAUGAGGGACUGACUGAACGCAGUCUGCAGGACGCCCAGCGGCUGUACCUCAUGAAUGACGUGGUCCAGCCUGUUUCUGUGGACCCGCUGGUUUGGCAGGAUGAUGUGCGGUUCUCUAAGUUGGUUGUCGACAUUGUUCAGGGGCAGGAUACUUUGCACCACGUCAUGUACAUAGGGACAGAGUAUGGAACUAUUCUUAAGGCCCUGGCAACCACUAAUAAGAGCCUGCAAGGUUGCUACUUGGAGGAGAUGCAACUCUUCCCUCCUGGUAUGCGUGAGCCAAUCCUGAGCCUUCAGAUUCUCCAUGGCGACAGGACUCUUUUUGUGGGCCUGAAUGACAAAGUGCUGAAGAUCCCUCUGGCGAGGUGCUCCAGCUACAAAACAGAAUUGAUGUGUUUAGAUGCAAGAGACCCGUACUGUGGUUGGGACCGAAAGCAGCGGCGUUGCACCACCAUCGAGGACAGCUCUAACAUGAGCCAGUGGUUCCAGAACAUCACUGCCUGUCCGCUGAGGAACCAAACCGCAGAUGGUGUAUACGGGCCCUGGGCUCCAUGGCAACCCUGUAGCCAUGAUGAUGGCGAAGGCAUUAGUACUUGUCUUUGUCGAUCACGGGCUUGCGAUAGUCCGCCCCCUCGCUGCGGAGGUAAAAACUGCGAGGGUCCUACCAUUGAGGUGUCCAACUGCUCAAGGAAUGGAGGUUGGACACCCUGGUCAUCCUGGGGCCAGUGCAGUACAAGUUGUGAGAUUGGGUUUGAAGUCCGCCAGCGAUCCUGUAACAAUCCUUCUCCCAGGCAUGGCGGCAGAGUGUGUGUGGGACAAAGCAGAGAGCAGAGAUUCUGCAAUGAGAAGGUGUCAUGCCCUCAGCCCAUCUUCUGGUCAUCAUGGUCGCCCUGGUCCAAGUGCAGCUCAGAGUGUGGAGGAGGGGUGCACUCUCGCUCCAGGAACUGUGAGAAUGGAAAUAGCUGUCCAGGAUGUGCGCUGGAGUACCAGGCAUGUAAUCUGGAGUCCUGUCCGGAGGUGCGUCGAAACACCCCAUGGACCCCUUGGGUCCCGGUGAACAUAACCCAGGGAGGGGCACGGCAGGAGCAAAGAGUACGCUACAUCUGCCGGGCUCAACUGGCUGACCCUCAUGAGCUUCAACUAGGCAAGCGCAAGGUGGAGACACGCUUCUGCCCCAAUGACGGGACGGUAACCUGCGAAACAGACUCUCUCGUUGAGGAGCUUCUGAAGACGCCUGGUGUACGUCUGACAGGCUCUGGCUGGUCAUCAUGGGAAAUGUGGUCAGCUUGCACUCAGGAGUGUGCCAAAGGCUACCGCACUCGCAAACGCACUUGCACCAGCGCAGAGGGCAAAAGCGUUCCUGCUGCCUGCCGGGGAUCUCCAGUAGAAUAUCAGGACUGCAAUCCUCAGGCCUGUCCAGUUAACGGCGCCUGGUCUUGCUGGUCAUCAUGGUCGCAGUGUUCAGUGCCCUGUGGAGGUGGGCACUAUCAACGAACGCGCACAUGCACCAGCCCUACCCCUGCCAAUGGAGGGGACAUCUGCAUCGGCUUGCACACAGAGGAGGCUCUUUGCAACACGCACACCUGUGAUGGUGGGUGGAUGGCCUGGUCGGUGUGGUCUAAAUGUGAUGACUCGGGCCUGCAGCUGCGCAGUCGAGUGUGCGGGGCUCAGUCCACACCAUGUGUGGGAAACAGCUCCCAGCACCGAGACUGCAAUGAGAUCCCAGCCAUUCUCCCGGCAUCUAGCUAUGAGAAGGACCAACAGUGUGGGGGGUUCACUCUGCUUCACCUGAUAGCUACAGGUGUGUCGUGCUUCCUGGGUGCCGGUCUGCUGUCCUUCCUGGUGUAUGUGUACUGUCAGCGUUUCCACAAGCCCUCCGAGGAGUCUGCCGUCAUCCAUCCCACCACUCCCAACCACCUCAACUACAAGGGCAACACCACACCAAAGAAUGAGAAAUACACACCCAUGGAGUUCAAGACUCUGAAUAAGAACAAUUUGCUGCCGGAUGAGAGGACCAACUACUUCCCAUCACCACUUCAGCAGACGAACGUGUACACCACCACGUACUACCCCACAGCACUGGGCAAAUAUGACUACCGACCAGACUCCUCGCCGUCUCCUUGCAGAACCUAUAACCACAGCUGAGACAUUUGUCCCAUCCGUAGCUUUAUUGCCAUCUCCUAAAGGCCUCCACUUUCCCCACCCAUACACUCUGCACUGAUAAGGUGCUUUUUCCAACAUUCCAGCCGAUUAUUUUCCCUAAAGAUCUCUCCCCCAAGGACUAUGUCACCUAAGUCAUGCCUUACGGUGUCCGA